GGCAGAUAGGGUUGGGGACUCUCUUAUAAGUUUGGUUUAGGUCUCUCUCUCGGCCCCCUACAAUCCCACAGUCCCAACGUCCCGACAGUGAAAGGCAGACCACAGCUAAAACCAGCUCAGAGGAAUUUCUGUUUCCCACAUCCUUGAAGACAAGAAAGGAAGGAUUGCGUUGCCAUGGCGUCACCGAGCGAGGGCGAUCAGACGGUGCCUGAUGGAGAGAGAGAAAAGGAGGCGACUAAGGUCAAAUCUAUUCAGUCCCACUAUCUCCGCUGUCCCUCCCCCAGCAGUUUCUCCGUGAUCUCGGAGUCCAGAUUCUCCAUGAUAUCAGGGUCGGAUGCCGAGAGCAUCUAUAUGGAGCCCAUUCACCUGUCCUCAGCUAUAGCUGCCAAACAAAUCAUCAACGAGGAGCUCCCACAACGGGGUAUCAGGGCAGAGAGUACCCCAGACAGCAUGUUGGAGACAGCGGAACAGCUGAUGGUGGAGGACCUGUACAACCGGGUGAAGGACAUGAUCGAUGACCGCAGCCCCUAUAACACCCCCUGUGUGAUGGACAUCCAGCGGGCCAUGGUACAGGACCGCCUGGAGGCCCCCAACAACCCCGUGGACGAGGUGUGGAACAACAUAUUCAUCGCUGAGAAAUCCGUGGCUGUCAAUAAAGCUCGUCUGAAGCGCAUGGGUAUCACCCACAUCCUGAACGCUGCCCACGGUACCGGGGUCUACACAGGGGAGGCCUUCUACGCUGGCAUGAACAUCGGCUACAUGGGUAUCGAGGUAGAUGACUUUGCAGAGUCUGACAUCUCCCCUCACUUCAGAACCUGCGCUGAGUUCCUGGAUGAGGCCCUGUUGACACACAAGGGUAAGGUCCUGGUGUCCUCUAUGAUGGGCGAGAGCCGCUCCGCUGUGCUGGUGGCUGCCUACCUCAUGAUUUUCCAACACAUGACCAUCAUGGAGGCACUGACCACUCUGAGGAAGAAGCGACCCAUCAACCCCAACGAGGGCUUCCUAAAACAGCUGCGUCAGCUCAACGAGACGCUACUAGAGGAGCGUGAUGACGAUGAUGACGACACCCUCAGCCAAUGCUCCGUCAUCGACGCUCACACUCGCGCCCACCUGUUUGACGACGAAGAGAGCAUGAUGGGCGUGAAGGCCCACUCCAUCAUGAUGGAGGAGGAGGAGGACAGCCAAAGCGUGAUGAGUAGCGUGGCCUCGUCUGCCGCAGCCGCCGCCCUCAGAGACGGUGUUUUUGGAGGGCUGCGGAUGGGCCUGGAACGGGCAGAGACGACAGAGGGCCUGGCCCUGCCUGGAAAAGACGCUGGCGACGGUGGGGAGGAUACAGAGGAUGGGGAUGAAGAUGGCAUGAGCAUGAUCCGCGAGUGGCAGAGGAGGAACGAGAAGUACCAGAGCGAGGAGUGGUGGGAGCAACAGCUGAUGAGUGAGGCUGGGGACGAGGAGUCUCUCCUGGGGGGCAUGAGGGGUCCUGGGGCAACAGAAGACCUGGAGAGCGUGACCAGUGAGGACGUCCAGGCCAUGAAAGAGCGCCUGAAGCGGCGCCCGCGGCACUCCCCCUCAGAGUCAGUGUCCACGGCCAGUUGUAGCAGCUACUCUGACCUGUGGAAGCAGCGUCUGAAGGAGAUCGAGGAGCAGGCGGCAGCGCGCUACCGCAAGAAGGACGACGACAACAACAGUGAGAGCACAGCGAUGGAGGGGAUACAAAAUAAGACAAUCAAGGACGACGUGGAGAGCGUGCUCUCGGACACCAGCUCCAUGUACAACUUCUGCAAGAGGAACAAGGAGAACCUAACUCCCCUGGAGCGCUGGAGGGUGAAGAGGAUCCAGUUUGGCUGGAAUAAAAAUGACGAAGGGAGGGAUGGGGAGAAAAGAGCCGGGGGUGUAUGGGGCAGUGGGGAGCAGGGAGAUGGCGAUGCUGAGGCCCGCACUCCGGCACUGGAGGACAUCAACCUGACAGCCUACCAGACCUGGAAGAUGAAACAGGCGAAGCGGCUUGGAGAGGACAACAAGGCAACAAAAGAUGACAUUGUGGAGAUGAGCCGUGGCGAGGACUCGGCCACAGCCAAGAGGAGACAGAGGCGGGAGGAGCUCCUGGAGCGCUCGCGGAAGACACUGGAGGAGAGUCAGUCCAUGUGUGGCUGGGAGACAGAGAGCUCCAUGAGCGGAAGCACCCUGCCGCUCUCUGCCUUCUUCGCCCAGCCUGACGGCUCACAAGCCGGACGUGUUGCCAAUGAUGACAACAUGUCCAUGCUGAGUGGCAGGUCUUCUGUAUCCCAAGCCCGCAGCACCAGAUCUCUGGCCUCUAUGGGCUCAGGAAUUCCACAGGGCAUUCCCCAAGUCCCCAUGAUCCCUGUGCCCACAAUGCAGGGACCUGGUGGGGAGCCCAUGGUCGACCUGUCCAGCAUUCAGAACUGGAUCGCCAAUGUGGUGUCCGAGACCCUCAUCCAGAAGGAGCGUGAGAUGAGCCUCCCCCCGUCCCAGGCUGGAUCGGUGCUAAGUUUCGGUGGGUCAUCUAGUGUGGUAGGGCCAGCAAGACGUGGCUUGGACGAUGACAAGGCUUCUAUGCUGAGUGGAGCAUCCUAUUCGAGCUCGCUGGCUCAUCACGGUGUCAGUGCUGGCAGGGCCGAGUCUGUGCUCUCUGGUAGAAGUGCUGCUUCUUCUACCAGUAAUCUCUCCAGCAUCUCCGGUCUGGGCUCCCGCAGGAGCAAGAUCACCACCACCAGCGUGCCCCUCUACAGCCUUUUUGCCGACCAGGUCAACCUACAGAAGCUGGACUCCAUGGACAAGCAGAUGCAGUCGGAGAUGAGGAACAAGAUGGCCUGCUACGGGGUGAAGAAGAUCGUCGAAGAUAACAAGCGCAGCACACUCUACAAGAAGAAGAAGCCCAAGGACGAGGGCGAAGAGGAGGAAGAGAAGGAGGAUGACUAUUUAACGGGAAAGAUAAAGACGUCUCUCCCACCUGCACCAGAGAAAAAGAAAGCACCUACGCGAAGCUAUGGCCUUUCGGGCUGCCUAAAUCUCUCCACCGCUCUGGAGAAAGAAAAGAACACCAGUGUUGAUGAUUGGCUAACCAACGUCAUGCCUCCUUCAAGGAAACCAGCGUCCUAUAGUGCAGAAGACGAGACUGAUCCAGGGCCAUCUGCCUCCGUGUAUAACUUCGGAGGUCGGAGGGACUCGUCUGAGGAGGAAGAAGAAGAGGAGGAGUAUGAAGUCGCAUCCAGAUAUCGCUCCAGAUUCCAGGCAGACACAGAGUCACGUGUACUUGGCAAAUUCUCUUCCAACAGCGUGGAUUCCAGCAGCUACAGGACUAGAAGAUCCUACACAGCCACUGAGGAAGAGGAGGAAGAAGAGGAGAGUUAUACAUCGAAGAGGAAGUUUACUCAUCACUCACAAUAUGAGAGUGGAGGGGAGGCGGAGGGGAGGAUAGAAAGGAAGGAAGAAAAGGAAGAGGAAGAAGAUGUCGACAGAUUCCUCAGCGAGCUUAGGCAGAGGUCUCGGGCUCGGGCUGAGGCAGAAAUGCAGGACGAUGACAUCGUUGCAGCUUGGAGGGCACAACAAGAAUCAAAGUCAAAUGGUUACAGAAGCAGUGACUCUUAACCAAUCAAAGACAGUGUCACACUUAUAGUAUGAAAGAAACUCAAUCCAAUGUUAAUAUGUUUCUUCAGCUAAUAAAUUAAAAUUGCACACUUGCCUACACAAGCCACCUUUCUUAGAACAUCGCUUGUGGUCUUUUUAUUUUCAGAAGUGGGGUGACCUUUAUAAUUCUAUAGGUAGUUGUUAUAGAUCAUUCUGACAUGUAAAUACUCAUCUAAAUCAAAUAUCUAAGCUUUAUUAUAAUGGAAAAGGGAAAAUGGGCAAUUUGCUUUCUAAACUCAAACGAGUUUAUUUCUCAUAGUCAAUUCUAUAAUCAAAUGGACGCAAAAUAUGAAUAUUUAAAUAUUGCCUCAGCCUAACUGCAUUGCUUGUGCAGUGCAAGUAGAGUAACACACGUCUGCUGUUUGUUGCAUUGAUUGUAAAAUGCAACAACUAACCUACAAAACAAUCUAAACUAGAUUACUGUUCAAGACAAAAAAUAUUUAUGCUGUACAAUUUUUGGAGCACAAACGCAAUCCAUUUCUAAGCAUUUAUAAUUGCAAUAAAUGUUCAAGCAAUUA